CCGGGCUGGCCGGCUCUGCCGGACAAUCGCGCUGAUGGCGGCGCUGGCGGCAGUGGCCAAGAAGGUAUGGAGCGCGCGGCGGCUGCUGGUGCUGCUGUUCACGCCGCUCGUGCUGCUGCCGGUGGUCUUCGCCCUCCCGCCCAAGGAAGGCCGCUGCCUGUUUGUCAUCCUGCUCAUGGUGGUGUACUGGUGCGUGGAGGCCCUGCCCCUCUCGGUGACAGCCCUGCUGCCCAUCAUCUUCUUCCCCUUCAUGGGCAUCCUGCCCUCCAACAAGGUCUGCUCCCAGUACUUCCUGGACACCAACUUCCUCUUCCUCAGUGGGCUGAUCAUGGCCAGUGCUAUCGAGGAGUGGAAUCUGCACCGGAGAAUCGCCCUCAAGGUCCUGAUGUUUGUUGGGAUCCAGCCAGCCAGACUCAUCCUGGGGAUGAUGGUGACCACCUCCUUCCUGUCCAUGUGGCUGAGUAACACUGCCUCCACCGCCAUGAUGCUGCCCAUUGCCAACGCCAUCCUCAAGAGUCUCUUUGGCCAGAAAGAGGCUCGCAAAGAGCUCACCAGGGAGAGUGACGAGAAUGCAGCUGCUGCACAGAGAAACGGCCUGCACACCGUGCCCACGGAGAUGCCAUUUUUUGCCAGCACAGAAGACAAAGACUGCCCUGAUGAAGUGGAGGCACCUCUGGAUGUGCAGACCGACUCCAAGAAGGAGGAGGACUACCGCAGGAACAUCUGGAAAGGCUUCCUUAUCUCCAUCCCAUACUCAGCCAGCAUCGGGGGCACUGCCACCCUCACGGGCACGCUCCCCAACCUCAUCCUGCUUGGCCAGCUCAAGAGUUUCUUCCCACAGUGCGACUUGGUGAACUUUGGCUCCUGGUUCAUUUUCGCCUUUCCACUCAUGCUGCUGUUCCUGUUGGUGGGCUGGCUUUGGAUCUCCUUCCUGUAUGGGGGAAUAACCGUGAGGGGCUGGAGGAAGAAGAAGUCUGAGUUCAAGGCUGGUGCAGAAGACAGGGCUCGAGCCAUGAUUUGGCAGGAAUUCCAGAAUCUAGGGCCCAUCAAGUUCGCCGAGCAGGCCGUCUUCAUCCUUUUCUGCAUGUUCGCCAUUCUCCUCUUCACCCGGGACCCGAAGUUCAUCCCUGGCUGGGCCAGCUUCUUCACCCCCGGGUAUCUCUCCGAUGCUGUCACUGGUGUGUCCAUUGUCACCAUCUUGUUCUUCUUCCCGUCCCAAAGGCCAUCUCUCAAGUGGUGGUUUGACUUCAAAGCUCCCAACAUGGAGACGGAGCCCUUACUGACGUGGAAGAAGGCCCAGGAGACAGUGCCUUGGAGCAUCAUCCUCCUCCUGGGUGGGGGCUUCGCCAUGGCCAAAGGCUGUGAGGAGUCGGGGCUGUCGGCGUGGAUCGGCACGCAGCUACGCCCCCUGGAAAACGUGCCGCCCAUGCUGGCCGUCCUGCUCAUCACCGUGGUCAUCGCCUUCUUCACGGAGUUCGCCAGCAACACCGCAGCCACCAUCAUCUUCCUGCCCGUGCUGGCCGAGCUGGCCAUCCGCCUGCGAGUGAACCCCCUGUACGUGAUGAUUCCCGGCACAGUCGGCUGCUCCUACGCCUUCAUGCUCCCAGUCUCGACGCCCCCCAACUCAAUCGCCUUCGCCUCUGGACACUUAAUGGUCAAGGACAUGGUACGGACGGGAUUCCUGAUGAACUUGAUGGGCGUCCUGCUGCUCAACUUGGCCAUAAAUACCUGGGCACAGACCAUCUUCCAGCUGGGCACCUUUCCAGUCUGGGCCAACAUCCACUUAGCCAAUGUCACGGCGCUACCACCCACCUUGAUCAACAGCACACUUCGGACUCUCUGA